CCCCGAGGGAGAAGCCUCUGAACUGCUCAUUAACUCGGGCAGGUGAAGUGGAAGCGCCACUCAGCCCUCUCCAGGUGCUCAGGCGUUUCAGCUGGACCCGCCUCGGGAGUCAGGCAGGCUGUUCACACAAAAAGUCCUGGUUUUCAGUCAAGAGAGAUCUGUACUGGAAGGCAGCAUGUCCAAUGUUUCCUUAAGAAAGACAUCUGCCACAGGAAACGCUAUGAAGAGUUCUACUCAGGGAACAACACAGAGACAACAGGGUUUUCUCGAGGUGAACAAAAGAAGGACUUUCUUACAGGAUAACAGCUGGAUAAAGAACCAUCCUGAACAAGAAAGAGAUGAAAAUUACGGUCGGGUGGUGCUGAACCGACAUAACUCCCAUGAUGACUUGGAGAGGAAAAUAAAUGAGAUAAAUGAGCUAAAGGCCACAAUUAGCCGCUACAGAUCUGAUGACAGUUUGGACAGGAUCUCAGACAGACAUGAUGCUGCUAAAACAUAUAAGGCCAAAACCUUGGAUAACCAACUAACCAAUAGAAGUAUGUCCGCAUUUAGAUCACCAGAAGCAACAAAAAUGCGAGCUGGAGGUUUUGUCAGUCUGAGCACCACCAGCACCCUCCCUUCCACCUCUGCUACAACUCCUGUAAAGAAAAAGAGACAGUCCUGGUUUCCACCGCCCCCUCCAGGAUAUAAUGCCUCUCCAAGCACAGGAACAAGCAGAAGGGAACCAGGUGUUCACCCUCCAAUACCGCCAAAGCCCAGUUCUCCUGUUUUAUCUCCUAACCAGCUGAGACGGGAUAAUAGGCAGAUUUGUCCACCUAAAGCAAGUGUAUAUACAGAAACCAACAGAUCUGCUGAAAGAAAUAUAAGUCGUCAGGAUCUGGAGAACAUCGUCAAAGUGGCUACUUCACUUCAGAGAACUGACAAGGGUGAAGAAUUGGAUAAUAUAAUCAAAAUGAACAAAAGCUUGAAUAGAAAUCAAGGUCUUGAUGGCAUCUUCAGAACAACUCCUAAGGCAGAGCAAAUAGAGAAAAGAGCCCAAAGCCUUGACAGUCUCCUCUUUCUGAAUAGCCGGCCAAACAAAGAUGGCAAAGGAAACCAAACUCUCGACAGUUUCAUUAAAGAAAACCCCAGGACAGUCAAGAAUGACAAAGGGAACCAAGGCCUUGGGAGUUUUAUCCAAGUUAAUCAAAGGGCUGACCAGCAUGAGAAAAGAAAACAAGACGUCAGUGGGCGAAUUAAAGUGAGUCCUGAAACAAAUAAAAAUAUCAAGAGGGGCCAGAGUCUUGACAAUCUCAGCGGAGUGACCCCUGAAGUGAACAGAAGUAACUCACGUUCCAAAGACCUUGAUAACCUCAUCAAAGUGAAUCCAAGAACAGACAAAAGUGUGCAAGGGGGCCAAAGUGUCGACAGCCUCAUCAAGGUGGCUCCUGAAACAAACAGAACUAACCAAAGGAACCAAGACCUGAACAAUCUUAUUAAAGUGACCUCCUCAGCAAACAAAAGAAAUCAAGAAUUCGACAAGCUCAUCAAAGUGAAUCCUGAAACUCUCACCAACAAUCAGAGAAACCAGGAACUCGAUACCCUCAUCAGAGUGAACCCCUCAGUGGUCCGAAGCAGUCAGAGCCAAGACUUGGACAAUCUUAUUAAAGUGCAACCAUCUGCUCUCAGGAACACAGCACGAGAUCGGGACCUGGAAAACUUAAUUGAAGUAAAUUCUAAUGUACCCAAAAAUAAGAAUGGAAGGCUAGAAGGCCAAGUCAAUGGAUUGGCUGAUGCUCCCAACAACCGGUCCACCAGAACGACUACUCAUUCUUAUGAAGCUAGGAAGAAUUUCAGUUCCAAUGCUGACACCGGGCCUGCAGGACCAAAGGAUACUGUUGUGUACACGAGAACAUAUGUGGAGAACAGUAAAUCACCAAAGGAUGGCUACCAGGAGAACAUUUCUGGAAAAUACAUACAGACUGUUUAUUCAACUUCAGAUAGGUCUGUCAUUGAAAGAGAUAUGUGCACCUACUGCCGAAAGCCCUUGGGCACAAAAACCAAAAUGAUUUUAGAUGAAUUACAAAUUUGCUGCCAUUCCACUUGCUUCAAGUGUGAAAUAUGCCAGCGGCCUUUGGAAAACCUGAGAGCGGGAGACAGUAUUUGGAUUUAUCAACGGACAAUACACUGUGAACCUUGCUACUCCAAAGUUGUGGCAAAGUGGAUUCAAUAAUUCUGGCACAUGGAAAUCAAGAUGAAAGCAUUCAUUAAGGAAUUAAAAAAUUUUAUUUUAAGAAUAUGUAAUUUAGAAAAGCUUUUACUCUGAAGAUUGACUUUUGUAUACAAUGAACAAUUCUGCUAUUGCAUAAAUAACAUAAUUGCCUUCAAAAAGGUCAUAUACAUAAAGGGAACCAUCUGUUAUCUGGAUAGAUUCAGUCAUCAAAAAUUCAAGUGGUUUCAGUCACCAAUGUCAAAGGCAUGAUGCUCCUGAUUGCUGUGAGCAUCAUCGCCCCAAGCAGGUCCACCCCUGCUCCAUUAAGCUGUGCAUCAUGAUUUCUGUUAUAAACACAUUUCUCACUGUCUCACCUUUGUUUGCCUAAGAAUUUGGAUUUGUGGACAUUAUUGACAAACUGUCAAGAAAGCAAGAUAUGUUUCCUUCAUGUGCAAAAGAAAUGUUGAUAGAAAUUUUCUUAUACAGUUUGGCCAAUAAUAACAUAAAGUCAUAUGGACCUCAGAAAGUCAUUUGAAAUUUCUGGUCUCUCUUUUUUUUUUAAUCUAUAAUAUGAGGGGCAUUGAAAACUGUCCCAAAGGCCCCUUUCUGAUCCUCAAAUUAUUCUAAAGCAACUUUUUGUUUGCUCUUUAGAAAUACAGUGGGGGCUUGACUUACGAGUAUCCCAACUAACGAGUUUUUCGAGAUACAAGCUGUCUCUUGGCCAAUUUUUUGCUUUGAGUUGUGAGCUAAAAUUCGGGUUACGAGCCAGCUUCAGAUACCCCACCACUAGUUGGCACAGCGAACAUCACAGUGAACGCCACAACAUCAGCCCAGCAUCACGUGUCUCACUCGUUCACUUUUGAUUUGACAUACAAGUAAUUUGAGUUAUGAGCUCUGUCAUGGAACAAAUUAAACUUGUAAGUCAAGGCCCCACUGUAUAUCUGAAUAUGUGUUUGUUAAUCAUUUUGAACUGGAGAGGACAUCUGAACAGCUUAACUUUCGUGUCAUUAUUCAUUUUAUUGCAGAUAUAAUUUUUAAAAACAGAAAGACAUUGGCUUAUGGGUAAUGGGUAAAAUUAUAUGACAUGUAUUUUACAUAUUAUAAUUUGUUAAUUUUUUGCAUGUGUUUCAAAAUCUGGUUAUAUAAAUAAUCUAGGAGGAAAUAAUGGUUAUGGACUACAAAAGACUUGUUCUUUAGCAUGUUACAUCUAUUCAUAUUACAUAGCACUUUAUAUUUACAGAUGGCUUAUGCAAAUAAAAUGAACUAUCAGUGAUACCAAAAUCAUUUUGUGGCGUGUCUAUAAAUAUCAUUCAUUGACAUUGAUUUUGUCAAUUACAGUGAUCACAAUUUAUUAUAUUCUAUACCACAGUGGUUAACUUAAUUAUUUAGCUUCUAAAGCUAUAGCUUUUACUUUCAAAGAGCUUUUCUUCAAGGAAUUGAAAAUCCAGUAAUCAUAUGUGAGGAACUUAGACUAUUGUUAAAAUUGAGACAUUGAACUUAUAAAUUAUUUUAUGUGUACAUAGCAAAUGCUUCCUGAAGGAAGGCUGAUGGAACAAUGAGGAGAGGGUGUCAUUUGGGGGAAGUUUAAAGCAGUUGUAAUCAACUGACAUAAAUUAGGGAGAUUAAAAAAGAUAAUCAUGUAUUUUUCAAAUGUUGAUAAAUUUAAAGAAUUAGUCUUCUGUAUGAUGAUUUCAAGCAUCUGCUCUUCUUAGAGACUAGCCCGUGGUUUUAAACACAAAAUGCUUAUCAAAAUUCAGCAAUGUAUAAUUGUUGUCCUGUAAAAAGGAGCCAGGAAAAAAACAAUUAAUAAUAAUUUGAUAUUCAUUAAUUCAUGCUUGAUGAGAAGCAGUGGUAAUUGAGCCAUAUGUUUUAUUGUUCCUUAAUUACAUGCUAUCAGAGUGGAUCAAAAGAAAUCAUUUUCUUAGAGUUGGGAAUUCGUGGCAGAAAAGGAUGGAUGGAAUAGUAUCCCUGCCUUUUAUGUAAAGUGUAUUAACAUCUCAAUGCAUUUGUAGUAAUUAAAAAUCAUUUGAAUGCCAUUUUUAAAGUAGUCUACUUUAUAAUGCUUCAUUUAAAAAAAAACCCUAAAAGGAACAUAUUUCUCACUUUUCUGAAGCUGUUUAAUGGACCCUGUCUUCCACUAUAAUGUAUUCAAUUAAGCCAAAAGCUGUUGUAAAAAUGGAAUAAAUACGGAGUGGAGAGAGAAGGGCUUCUGAUCACCUAGUCAGCUUCAUCAUGUCUGGGCUUAUUCACACUAUAGGAAUGACCGAUUCUUAAAACAAUUUGGAAGGUCUCUUUAUAUUGCAGCCAAUUAAGAGAUGUGCCUGAAAGAGAAUGAAUCACUUCAUAGGACAAUAUCCUUCUAAAAAGCAAAAUGGCAGAAAUAUAAUAAUCUCAGAAAUAGAAUUUGUUAAAAUAGUAUCCUUUUUU